UUUGGGUCGUAUUAUUGUUGGCACACUUUGGCUUAUUAAAUCGACAUCUUCAAUACGCAUCGUAUAGGUCUAUACGAUGCGUAUUGUGUUAGUAAUUAAUUCUGUGUCAGUCUUUGACUGGCAUUGUCUCACGGGGGUUAAAGUAAUACGCAUCGUAUAGGCCUAUACGAUGCAUAUUACUUUUUUUAGAAAGUACGAUCAGCUUUCCGUCACUGUUGAGUGACGUUAAGUGAUUGACGUAUGCCCUAUACACAUCGUAUAGGGCUAUACGACUCGUAUUCUUUUCUGAAUUUGAAUUCUUCUUCCCCUAUUUAAACGACGAAGAAGACGAUAUAUAGAUCCUCUUCGUUAUAUACUCACAUUCACUAACAAACAUGUCUUGGUACAACUAUGUUUUCGGUGAGCCGUCUGAGGUGGACACGAGCACGUUUAUUUCGGAUAGCAGUGUGGCGGGGUCUAAUGUCCCUGAUUCUUACGAUUUGGGUGGAAAUGAUGAUCACGCGCACGAGGUCAUGUCGGGCUAUCGUCCCUGUCAUAAUGAAUCGUCGUUGCCAGACCUCAACGAGUCUCCUAUGCCCCGCCAACCGUUGCUACCAGAUUUGAACGCGUGUAGCCAUGAUCAAGGUUAUAGGUCUGCGUUUUAUGAACCCGGUUACGUUCCCUCGUACGGAUAGGAAGAAUAUGGCAAUAACGUUUUCGUUAGUGGUCCUUCGGGAGUACAAGGAGACCUUAGUCACCCUUCUUACGUGCAAGAGUCAGUGGGUGACGAUCCAGCCGUUCAAGAGUCAUUGGGUGACGAGCCACCCGUGCAAGAGUCAUUGGGUCACGAGACACCUGUGCAAGAGUCAUUGGGUGACGAGACACCCGCUUACUCUGAAGUUUCGUACAAAACUGAUCAGGAUUUUUUUAUCCCGCGAUGAUUUGGAAAGUUGGGUAAAACGAAGGGGUUUAGCCAACGGAUACAUAAUUGUUACCAGACGGUCCAAGGAUAACCGGGUGUGGCUCCAAUGUUCUCGUAGCGGCAAGCAUGAGAGUAAGGCCACGGUUAGGAAAACCGGCAGCAAAAAAUGUGUGUGCCCUUUUAUGGUGAUAGGUUGUCUCGACCGGGGCUGUAUGUCUUGGCGGAUAGAUUAUCUGAACAAAAAUUUUAACGAGGCGCACAACCACGGCCCUGCUGAACAUCUGGAGGGUUACGCGUAUGCCAGGAUGCUUACUCCUAAUGAGUUUAGGCUGGUGCAAGAGUUGACAGAUCAAGACAUACAGCCCCAUACAAUCUGGAAGGCCGUAACCGAACAGAACCCUGAGAACGUAUGUGUUCGGAAAGACAUACACAACGCUCGCCAAAAGAUUAGGGCCGCGAAGUUAGAGAAAAAACCGUCUCCCAUGCAGCGACUAGAACAAAUCCUCCAGGGAAAAAAGAUGGCCUAUUACAUACAGGCGGAACCUUCCACCAACGUCGUUCAACAUAUAUUUUUCUAUCACGAUAAGUCAUUUGAAAUGUGGAGGGCAUUCCCGCAUGUGCUUAUGAUCGACGCUACCUACAAGACUAACAUGUACAAUCUUCCAUUUUUGCAAGUUGUGGGUAUGUCGUCGACAAACCACACCUUCUGUGUUGCGCAUGCAUUUCUUUCAAACGAGCAGGAGGCAACGUACGUCUGGGUAUUGGAGAGGGUCAGGUCUAUGCUGCACGACUGCAUGGAGCCGCGUGUAAUUCCAACAGACAGGGACCAGGCACUGAUAAACGCGUGUAGAAAAAUAUUCCCUGGCGCACACAGAUAUCUCUGCAGGUUCCACAUCUUACAAAAUAUUGUGAAGCGCUGCAAGGGUUCGUUUAAUGGGCAAGAUUGGGAAGCCUUUAUAAAUCAGUGGAAAACGGUGUGUAAUUCCGCUACCAAAGAGUUAUACAAAUAUAACGUCCUCAACCUUCAGAGACACCUUGUCAAUCAACAACUUACAUAUGUUUUUAAUUACCUAUGGAAUAACUGGUUAAGCACCUCCAGACAAUUGUUCGUAUCUGCAUGGACCAAUCAAACCCUGACAUUCAUGCAAAGUACAACAAACAGAGCUGAAGGCACACAUGCUGCAUUAAAGAAACAACUUACUACACCGAGAUGCAGUCUGGAAUCGCUGGUGAAAAAGGUGGACACCUUGGUACUAAAGCAAUAUGCGCAAAUAAAGAAAUCCUUGGAAGAAAGCCGCACCAAGCGAAUGAACAGCCACCUUCAGAUUCCUAUGUUUUCCAACCUACUUCUUAAAGUUUCCAUCCAUGCUCUUAACCAAUUGGAAAACGAGCUAACACGGAGAAUAGACACUUUGCGGUCAUUCAGAUCAACAUGUGGUUGCCAGCUGUACUCGGGUGCCGGGUUGUUAUGUGCAUGUCGCCUGGAGAGAUUACAGAAUACAUACUGCGUCAUUCAGCUCGAAGAUAUAGACAUUUUCUGGAGAAAACUUGACCUGAACGCAUCAAAUAUUAAUGAGGAAGAUGUUGAUGUAGACAAACAAUUAGAAUAUGUGAAACAAAAAUUGUCUACCCAACCCCCGCAAGUGAGGAAAAACGUCUUAUCGAAGAUCAUGGCGGUGGUAAACCCAUAUAUGAGCGACAAAAAACCGCCUGUCGUACAAGAAAACACUUGCGGGCGGCCAACUUCCAAGGUCCAACAACAAAGAAAAAAGCAAGCUGCUAGAGAUAGCUCAGUUGGGCCUCCCAGACAACAAAGUAGGUGUGACCCUCCUCGACAUAGCUCUUAUGUACCAUCGCAAGAUUCCCUAAUACCGUCUACGUCUGUAAUGUCUCUAAAGUCUCAAAGGUCGUUAAAUCGACGCGGUCGUUCAACAUCUUCACGUGAAGAAGAGCCUGGCAAGGGCAAUGUCUUUCCGUUAAUCACUGAUGAGGGAAUGCUUGAAUAUGCGCACAGAUACAAAAAAACAAAUUCCAAAAGUGUUCCACCGCUACAUUUCAAGAAUAAAAGAUGUCAGGCCGGAUGGACAUUGUGGGUUUCGGGCGACGGCUGUGGGUUUAGGGUUUGAACAAGAUUACUUUGGGUAUAUUCGAAACCAACAACUUGAAGAGCUGACGGGUCCAAACAAAGAAAUGUGGGAGUACAUCUUCGAUAGUGAAGUACUAGGGGACUACGACGAACAAGUAAAGAGAAUAAAUUUUACCGGGGUUGGAAUGGCACCCAAGGAACAUUGGAUGGAGAUGCCUUAAGCAGCACUCCUUCUUGCCAAUUGGUUUGGUGUGAUUGUUCACAUAUUAGACAUCCAAGGUUGUUCUACUGUAUUUCCCUUAUAUGAUCCAAAGUACGCACCCCCAUCAGUUCGUUUCACUGUUAUUUGUUAAUCGUGGUCAUUUCAUCCACGUCAGACUUGAAGGGACUAUCCAAUGCCACCACCGAACCUUACAUGGAGUAGGCGCGCGCGCCAAGAAGCUUUAUGUUGGACUGAAAACUACACGGAACGGAUAGCGUGGUAUGAUAUGCUAAUGAAGCCUAACAUUGACCCUACAUUGCUUGUUAGUGAUUGAUUUGUAAUUUUAAACAAUAACUUAUUUGUAUAAUGUAUUCCAUUUGUUUAUUGCCAAAU